AAAAAAAGGAAAAUUAAGAGAGAAAUUUUGUACGAUUUCUGCGCCCUCUUCUUCGGCGUCUUCGCUACUCUCCCCCAGCGAGCCCACGAUACGACUAACCCUCCCGCCGGCGCCGCCGCUCGCCGCUCGCCGCGGGAGAUGUACAAGCUCGGCGGCCGUGGCGGCGGGCGCGGCGGCGCGGCAAAGCGCCCGCCGCCCCCACACGGCCGCGGCCGGGGCGGCGCCUCCUCCAUCGGCGGCAUGGGCGCGCCUCCCCGCGGUCGCGCCGCCGCACCCGCCGUCGCCCAGCCGGCGGGGCGCGACGAGGCGUUCCGUCUGGAAUCCAGAGGGCCGCCCGCCUUCGCGGCGAUAAUACGGCUGACCCCCGACCUCGUCGACGAGAUCCGGCGGGCGGAGGAGGCCGGUGGUGGCGCCCGCAUCAAGUUCAACCCUAAUAUGUACAACUCGUCGGAGAACGUUAUAGAUGUUAGUGGUAAAGAAUUCAAAUUUACAUGGGCAUCUGAACACGGCGAGUUGUGUGAUAUUUAUGAAGAACGUCAGAGUGGAGAGGAUGGAAAUGGGUUGCUUCUGGAAUGUGGCUCUGCUUGGCGCAAGGUGAAUGUGCAACGCAUUUUGGAUGAAUCAGCAAAGAACCUUGUGAAAAUGCGCUCAGAGGAGGCUGAACGUCUCUCAAAAUCUCGGAAAUCCAUCGUGCUGGACCCCGCUAAUCCAUCUGUCAAGAGUCAGGCCAAGUCAAUGGCUGCUGCAGCUGUAGAAGGCAAUAUGCGGAGGAUGCACUGGAAGCAGAAGAAGGAAUUUAUUAAGAAGAAUCAAGCUGCUGUUAUCGCCCCGACCAAAUCAAUUUCCAAAGUGAAGUUAUCUAACAAUAUUCCCAAAGGAAAUUUCUCAACUUCACCUGCACCUUCUCCUGAACAACCUGGACCAAGCAUUCCUUCAUUUCCUAUUGGAUCAGAUACAAAUAAUGAAGUGAUAACACCUUUUGAUUUAAAUAAAGAGGAGCACAGUAAACUUGAGAAAGCAACACCGAGUAAGAUGUCUAAAGGUAUAAAUUGCCGAGCAAGUGCUCAUUUUGCUAGUGUUGAUGAUAAUGCAAAUUCAAAUGAAGUGCGGACCCUCUUGAUAUCUGUACUGUCAGAAAAUCCAAAAGGAAUGGUCCUAAAGGCCUUGGAGAAAGCUGUUGCAGAUGCAUUUCCUAAUGCAUCAAAGAAAAUAGAGAGCAUCAUCAAGAAUAUUGCAAAUUACCAAGCACCAGGGAGGUAUGUGCUCAAACCAGAAUUGGAGAUAGAAAGCUCUAAAAGGCAUGCAUCUGAAGGUGGAAGAUCCAUCGAUGAGAACAUUGAGGAAGCUGCUCCAAGCGGCUCCCCAGUUGCUGCUGCAGGAGAUGUAGCGGUAAAUAAUGACAGUGAUGGUAAGGCGGGAACUUCUAGCGAGAGUGGAAGUGAUAGUGAUAGUGACAGUGACAGCAGUGACAGUGGAAGUGAUAGUGGGAGCCAAAGCAGAAGUGCUGCAGAAAGUGGCAGCGGGAGCAGCAGCGACAGUGAUAGUGAUGCUUCAUCGAGCAGCAAGGAAGGAUCUGACGCAUAUGUGGAUAUUACUAGUGAUGAUGACAAAGCAAAUACAACACGCACAAAAAUAGCAGAUGACCUUAAUUUGUCUUCCUCACCAAGAGAUUUGACAAGACUUGAUGUCGAUGAUGAGCAAAUUGACAUUGGAACGAAUCUGGACUAUAAGAGUAGAUCACCGCAUAUCGAUCUGAAUAAUUUUAACACCGACAAUGAUGAUGCAGCAUAUACAGUUGCAACAGGUGAGGGCUUAGGUGCCAGCAACCUGAACAAGCCAUCAGAAAUUCCAGGAAGCAAGAACAUGACGAGCACAAGAAUGGACCAUAUCGGAGUAGAUAGCAAGUAUAAUGAAAUGUCUUAUCAGGACAACCAUUUUGAUGACUCCUUAAGAACAAUCAGUGAGAGCUUACACAAGCAAGAAGCCGUUCAAUCCACAAAGCAGCAUGGUAGCAGGAGAAAAUCAACAUCAAAGGAUGGAUCAAACCAUGGCCUGAUGAGUAUUGCCGACAAAGGUGCCAAACCCAAAUUGAAAAGGUGCUCUGGUAAUGAGAACUCCACAACAAAUCCUGAAAGUGCGAAAAAGGCCAGGGUUGACAUAGCAUCUCCGGGCGCUACAGGUUCUUUCUCAGAGCACAGAAAAUGCUUACCUCCUGAAAAACAUACCAAUGAUAGAUUGAACAAAGAAACAGGUACUGUUAGCCGGGAUGCUUCACGAGAUAGCAGUCCUGCCAAGAAAGGAAAGUCUUUGGCUUCUGGAAAUCUACAAAAGAUAGAUCAGAGCCCAAAUGUACCUAUGCCAACAAUGCACUCCGAGAGAACAAAAGAAAACAUUGAGAAAUCAAGUUCGAAGAAAAGAACAGAUAAGAUGCAGAAACCAUGGCAUGAUAUGGAUGGUGAUUUUGGAACUGGUUAUUCACAUGGUGAAGGGCACCAUGUCAAUUUUGAUGGCUCUGAUGAUUCUGCCACCAGAAAGAGGAGUCGACAUGGGGAUCCUCUUAUUGAUGAUAAAAUGCUCAAGCGUUCGAAGGAUGUUAAUGUUAAUGUAAAUUCCAUGAAUCUAACCAAACCUUCCAGAGGAAAUGUUGGGCCUGAUGAAAUCGCAGUGUUUCCUGAAUCCAAUGAAAUUAAUGGGGAGCCAUCAAAUUCACAAAGAAAUAAUGUUGAGAGAUCACCUCAUGGCAAGAAAAUUCUCCAGAGAGAGCUUUCAGAUCUCGAAUUGGGUGAACUUCGUGAGCCGCCUUUGGAAAAUGACAAUGGGAAGACAAGGAAGCAAUUUGAGAGAAAUAGUCCUUCGAAGUCGCUUGAUGGUAAACUAACUAAUGUAAAUAACUCCUUCCCUAGUAUGAAUAACAGGAAGGCUCCUCUAACUGCCAUUUAUGAUAAGAGGAAACCAUCACCUCAAGAAUAUGGUAUCGGAGGUCAUAUGAACCAGGAAGGGUUCCCCAGGAAAGCAGCAGGAUAUGAUUUUGAUGAUAAUAUGCCUCAACAAAGAGGAAAUGUUCCAGAGAGCCAGCAUUUGCCAAGGACUGAUAAUUCAGAUUCCGAGAACAUGCUAUAUCCGGAUAGGUCAGGAGAAAAAACAAGCAAAUGGGAAACAAGGAUCGCACAUGGUGGAAUGCUAGAGUGUGCAGAUAUGAAGAAGAAAGCAACUUCAAGGCUUCCACAGAAUGGUAGUAAGAAUGCCACUGUGUCCCGAACACAGAAAUCAAUUUCCCCAUCAGAUAAUGAUGAGAGAAGUAGGAACAACUCUUUGAUUGAGACCGAGACAGGUAGAAGGAGGAGGGACAGUUCUUCAGACGAAGAUAAUUUAUUUUUCUCCAAGUAUGAUAAAGAUGAGCCCGAACUGAAAGGUCCAAUAAAAGCUUUCUCACAAUACAAAUAUUAUGUGCAGGAGUACAAUGAGAAAUACGAGGUUUACUCUUACUUGAACAAUCAGAUUGAGAAAACUAAGUCUGAAUUCUUAAAGGUUCAAGAUGAUCUCAAUGCUACUAAAGAAAGAGACAAGGAACAAUAUUAUAACAUUCUGGAUAGACUCAGAGACAUGUAUUGUGAAUUAGGAGCAAGGCAUAAAUUGAUGAAGAAGGUCUUCUUAUUGCUUCAUGAGGAGUUGCAGGCUAUCAAACAAAGAAUUAAAGACUUUUUAGAGGCCUAUUCAAAUGAGUAACUGCUUCACCCUCAGAAUAUGCGAGGCAUUUGCAACUGCUUUUCAGAGACUGUCACUCAUCCUCAUCAUCAAUUCUGAAAAUGUCGGGAUCCCCACAUUAGGCUUGCCUUUGUUGAAGCUUGCUUGGCUUGGACAUUCAGCCAAAGGCAUUAUCAGUGUCAGGAAACCUGAGAGAGUUUGAUUUUCGGGAUCAUUGUGCCGAGUUUCAUAGUAAUCACGACGGAAGUGGAGGCCAAGGCAGUUCAAAGAUCAAUUACCGACACCUCCACAUGAUGCGAGGCCGCUGAGCAAAUGAAACAUAUAACCUAUGGAACGGAGCCACGGAGGUAAUGCCUGAGGCGGCAUUACAACAGAGCAGUUUUGCUGCUAGUUUGGCACUGUGACCGGUCGGUUCUCUCUGCUGGCUUUGUACAUUGCUUUUGUAUUAGUGUGAUCCAUGUUGAACUGAAGUAAAUUGCUAACUCUGUACAUAUCUGUAGACCGAAUAGAGAAAUUUUGAAGGUGGUAGGAGAAAAUAAAAACUGGGAUAGUGUUCCUCGUGCA